UUAUUUUUGCUGAUCAACCAGACUAUGUUUUUAUUAUACAUAUAUGAACAUGGAAAUAAAGUUAUUGUAUUGUAUUGUAUUGUAUUGUAUUAUGUACUUGUAGUGUUGAUGAACUUCUUUUAUCAGUUUAGCAACUUCAUUCAUAAGUGCCCAACACUCCAAACCCUCCACCCCCAACUCCCAAAGUACAAAGUUCUCUUUUUAUCUACACGGCGUCGACGGACGUCGGAACAGUGUGAAUUAAUUUUGGAAAUCUUCGCAUUUCUUCGGAAUAUGACGGAAAUGGCCGAAGUGUUCCGAACGACGGUUUCCAACUGGAAUGUUAUCUCCAGGCUCGCUCUUGAACUUCGACUGGUUCCGCACAGAAGAGGGGCGUGAAAUUCUCGGUUGUCUUCUUUAUCGCAAUGGUCAGAAGAGGAGAACGUUCGGUUUACUUGAGCGUCCCACCUUCCCGCCCAGCCUGACCCCAGAAGAUGUUAAAUAUAAGAUAUUUGUGGUGGGAAAAAGCGGAGUCGGAAAAACGAGCACAGUUGCAAAACUUUCAGGAAAUGAAAUACCAGCUGUUCACAGUGAAACGCCAGGUAUUCAGACAUCGACCAUGUUCUGGCCGGCUAAGAUCAGCCAGUUGAACAAGAUCGUCCUCUUUGAGAUAAAACUUUGGGAUGCAGGAGAGAACGCACUGCGCAAAUUUGAUCACAUUCAGGCGGCCUGUACGAACAAAGUGGACGCCAUUCUGUUUCUGUUUUCGUUUGUCGAUAAAAGCAGCUUUGAGGAAAUUCCCCAGCUGAUGACACGACUCACCAACCCUGAUGAUGGCAUCUGUAAACUGGUCAUAGGAACAAAAUUUGACCAACACGCACACAGUGAAAUUACACAGCGAGAUAUCCGAGACUUCGAAAACAACUGGAAGAUUCCGAUACUGAAGAUCAGGAACGUGUCGGACUACCACCCGACCGGCUCGCGGAACGAACUCUCCGAAAUCAUUCCCUUGAUGAACAUAAUCUGUGAACAUCUGUGGCACAGAGACGUCAAAACAGCCACAAGGACUUCUAGUGAUAGUCAAAUACGUUCUACUGACACAAGGACUUCUAGUGAUAGUCAAAUAGCGUUCUACUGACACAAGGACUUCUAGUGAUAGUCAAAUACGUUCUACUGACACAAGGACUUCUAGUGAUAGUCAAAUACGUUCUAGUGAUAGUCAAAUACAUUCUACUGACACAAGGACUUCCAGUGAUAGUAAAAUAGUGUUC